GCGGGGCACCGGUAUCACCGGCACCGGUAUCACCGGCCCCGGCCCCGGCCCGGCCUGCAGGCUGGCGGCACUAAGUGGAAAAUGGCCUUCACGUCCCAACUGGAAGACCGAGAGCUGGGCGUCGGCCCAACGGGACCUCACCAGCAUCCGCUCCUCUCGGCCAUGGAGGGAGAAGCCAAAGCCGCCGAUGCCAAAAGCCUCCACCGGCUGCACGACCAUGACAGGGAAAAGCCCCGCUCCAUCUGCCUCCUCGAGCAGAAGCGCAAAGUCGUGUCAUCAAACAUCGAUGUUCCCCCUGCAAGGAAGUCUUCCCAAGAACUGGACAUGGACCGAGUGACUGCAGCAAUGGUGCUCACCAGUUUAUCCACCAGCCCUCUGGUCCGCAGCCCGCCUGUUCGCCCUGGUGAGGGCCUCUAUGGGUCGUGGAAGGAAGGAGCCUUUGUGCCUUCGAGCGCGAGCAGCAGCGGCUUCUGGAGCUGGAGCGUGCCUAGUGACCAGUCCAACCCCUCCACCCCAUCGCCCCCGCUCUCUGCGGACAGCUUCAAGCCCUUCCGGACGCCCUUGCAGCCGGACGACGGCAUCGACGAAACAGAAGCCAACAGCCUUCUCUUCGAUGAGCCCAUUCCCAGGAAAAGGAAGAACUCCAUGAAGGUGGUGUUCAAGUGCCUGUGGAAAAACUGCGGGAAAGUUCUGAGCACUGCGGCCGGGAUCCAGAAGCAUAUCCGGACUGUCCACCUAGGGCGUGUGGGUGACUCGGACUACAGCGAUGGCGAGGAGGAUUUUUACUACACGGAGAUAAAACUCAACACCGACUCAGUCACUGAGGGGCUCGGCAGCCUUUCCCCGGCAUCCCCCUCCCCACCUCUCGCACCACCCCCUAUCGUUUUCCCCGUCCCGGAUGGGGGCUGGACCGCGUCCACUGGCCGAAGGCCUGUCGCCAAGCCCGAGGAGAUGAAACCGGGGACACCCCUGAGCCGUUCGGCUCCCAGCACCCUCUACCUCGUGCACACGGACCAUGCCUACCAGGCCACACCCCCGGUGAGCAUCCCUGGCCCAGCCAGGUUCACCCCCAGUGGCGGCAGCUUCAGCAUCUCUUGGCAGUCCCCCCCGGUCCCUUUCACAGGCACGCCGGUGUCCCCCAUGGUGGACUGUCGCCCGGCGGCCCAGGUUGAGCAGAGGCAGCACGUGCAAGCAAUCCUGUCCUCCCCGCCCAGAGGAGUGUUCAGCCUGAGGAAGCCACGAGGGGAGGGCAGGAAGUGCCGGAAAGUGUACGGCACGGACAACCGGGACCUCUGGUGCACGGCCUGCCGCUGGAAGAAGGCCUGUCAGCGCUUCACGGACUGAGGAGCUGAUAGAACCCCCGACCCCUCCCCGGACCUCGCCACGGACCCUGCCCCGGCCCACCAUGCCGGGUUUGGAAAAGGACUUGUUCUCUAUGUCAAGUCCACAGAGCCAGCAGCACCUCAGACCCCCAGACAAACAGCAGCAAAAAUCCCCACCACCACCUAGGUCUCUCCCCAACGAAGGCAGCCCUCCCCCGGACUCCCGCCUCAUCACUGCCACAGCGUGAGCUACAUCCGCAGCACGCGCAGACGGGAGCCCCGUGAGCUAUGCUCCGCCCAGCCCUCGUGGCCAGGAGACCCUGGAGGAGUCUCAUUCUCGGUAUUGCCAGAGACCCUGCCCUUCCUUAUGUUUCCCGAGGCUGCACCCGAUGCCUCCUGGCCUGCAGCCCCCAGCCACCCCUCACCGAUAUCUGAUUGGGCACAAGCAGGUGGCCCUCAGCCUGCCCCAAAAUCUAAGGGGGCCCUUUCCCUGAUGAGCUCCGGGCCCAGCGGGCCCCCUGGCAGUGUGGUGCUCUGCCCUGUGGGGACUGCCCUUCCAGGGAGCUCCAGAGCAGCGUCCACUCCAAAUGCACUCCCAGGGCUCUGUGCCCUUGGGACAGACAGGAGAGGACAGGGAGAAAGAAAGCCCAGGGCUGCCAAUCACCAUUCCUCCAGAAGGCGAACUGACGUUCUGAACGCCGGGAAGCCCCUGGGAGACUUGGCCAUCCAGAGGUCAGAGCCACAUUUGCUCUCCCCGAGGUUACUCUCUCCUCCCGAGCCAACAAAAGCCAGCACUGUAGAGGAGGUGUGCUCAGGACUGAGUCACGGGGGCAGGGGUCGCAGGGGUGCCUGGGGAGAUUGUCAACCGGGGGUGUCACAGUGACCACCGAAAGAGGGUGGGUUGGGAGUCACCUAGGACCUGCCAAGGGCUCAUUUCUUAUUCUGGCAAAGGAAGUGAAGGCAGCUGGCAUAUGGCCAUUCAAUGCCCAUUCCACCUCCCGUCCCUACCCCGCUCCGUGAUGUUCUUAUCUUUUAGCCACAGUCUCCCCUGCCCCGCUGGACUCUUCUAGCCCCAGUGGGUGACUGGCCCAUCGAUCCAGCCUGCCCAUUUGGGGCAAAGCCACGAAACCGCAGGGCUCAGAAAACACUGGUGACAUCCGGCCUCCCUAGGCCAAUAUGGAACUACCAUCUAAAAGCUCUCUCCAACCUCGACAACAGCCCUGUCCACCUCUCCCUCACAAGACAGUCACUCCCUGGCCUUGCCUGGCACCAGCCCUGGCCCAGCCAUGGGAGGGCAAAUGCCAAUCUGAGAGUCAGGCCUACGGCCCGGGGCAGCUUGGGCUAGGCUCCCAGGAGUCAUCCCAGGCUCCCUGACUCAUCUUCCAGGCACAGGAAAUUCCUCCCCCGUGGACCCCCAGGUCAUCCUGGCCCACCGUGACUGUUUCUUGGGGGUUUCAUGUGGAAAUCUCCAGGGGGAAAUAAUCAAUAUGGAAUCAAGCAAGAAGGGGCAUUUCCAGUAGCAGAUCGGCAAUGGAUUUGUUGGCAGUGACAGCAAGAACAGCAGCGCUGGUAAGAACCGGGCACCAGAAGGAACCAGCAUAGGCCCCGCCCAGCCUGUCAGACCAAACUCAGAUUUUUCAUCCGUCCCCCUUCUAGGGAAGCUUGCUGCCUCUCCCAAACCUCCCGAAAGGCCACCCCGUGGGCAGUCCUGUGGCUGGUCUCAUGGCUGGGCCCUGGCCGGCGGCAAAGCAGGGCCAGAGUGGCCUUGCUUCCUCCUGCUUUGGCUCCCAGCCUGGACAUGUUCCCGUCUGGCUCCCUGGCCACGGGCCAGUAGCCCCGGUAGCACCUCUACAGGAUGACCCACCUACAACCAGGCUGCGACGGGUGCCAAACUUGGGGGAGGGUCCCCAGCUGCAGGAGCCUCUCGGGGCUGACCCCAAAAACAUGCAGCUGGAUUGUGGGGGGUGGGGAACCACCAGACAGGCUCCCCUCCCACAGAUCCCCAGAGAGCAGGGGAGAAGGUGGCACUGAGCAUCCCUCCUCCUGCUCUCCUCACCUCCCUCUCCCCCCACCAGCUUCUCAGAGUUCUGUCCUCCAGGGCACAGAGGGCAUGGUCCUCCCACUCUGAGCCCCCACUCUGUCGCAUAGAUGUCUCUUCUCCCUUAGUCCCUCCACAGAGACAUUUCUUCCCCCUCCCCCCGCCGAAAAUAUCUCUCAUCCUAUCCAGAACUAUCCCUUCCAACCCUCGUAAAUGCAAACUCGUCUCACUUCCUCAGGGAGAGCAAGAGUGAGGCCGGCUCGCUGGCCAAGGAAGAACAGGGUGAGGCCUGUUGGGAAACACACUGGGAGCCCAGAUGGAGCCAGUUGUCAAAGAAGAAGCUGCCAGCCAGUGGCGGUCCCAGACAGAAGCCUGAGGCUCUGCGGUAACCUUCUCCUUCUCCAGCCACCCCCGGGGCGGACAGGCUGGAGCCAGGAAGCAUUCCCUGUCCAUUGGCUCCUCCUGCCAACUGCUGUCCUAGCCUCCAGCAGCCCAUCCCUCUGUGUACACACUGGCUGGUCCUCAGCCGGCAAUCCAGUCCUCGGGCAACCGUGGAGCGACUCUCUCUGACCUCUGACCUCUCCACCCCAGGGUCCCCCGGGGUGGGGGAUGGGCCACCCAGAAAGAGCUGCCCUCCGUGAUCGGGUUUUCUAGAGAUUUACGUUUUGCAAGACAAUCUCACUUUUUGUAACUUUGCUGACGGUCGUAGAUUGAGAAUGGUAUUUGGAAUGCCAAAGCUGAAAAUUAAAUCUCCGAAAAAUUCUAGGCAAAUUGGUUUUCCUAAUGCAAUUCCUGGGAUACUGGUUCAUUCGACCCGGGCCCCAGUAGGGUGGGCAGCAGGAUCAGAGAUCCACUGGCUGUGUCUUCCAGGGGACAAGGGUCUGGGAACCGCAGGGAGCUUGUUUGGCACAGAAGGACCUGACUUUCUUCCUGAAACGGGCCGAGGCGGCCUGCCUCGCAGGCUCAGAACUUGCUGCACACUGUCUUCUUAGACCAAGGGCUAUCCUCCUCCGAGGCGAGCUGCUCCAGCAAGGUCAGCUCUGAAGACACCAGACUCUUUACGGACAGUCAUCUCUCUCUCCCUCGCUCUUCCUUUCUCUUUCACACACACCGUGAUCUACAGAAACCAAAACCCGAGUGCACCCCCAGCCAUCCCCACAGCUGCCAGGCACCAGCCAGCCUUUCUCAAGGGGGUGUCCCAGGCAGGAGGCAAGCUGUCCAGCUGUGGGGUCAGAGAGAGCCGGCCCCACGGAGACUCAGAGCUCUGGGCCACGUAUGGACAUCCAGGGAAGAAACUGUCGUGCAGUGGCACCAUCCAUCAUCCCUGGCCCACAGCCAGCCCUCAAUACAUUAGAUCCAGAGAUGCAUUUCCCAAAAGUGGCCUCCCUCGCCAAGCUGUCGCCCAAUUUAUCUGGGAAACCCGUGUCUUUGCCCAACGUAAACCCACCGCUGGUGUCCAGAGCCGCAGACAGGGCACCUGGAUCACUGGGCAGAAAGGAGCCCAGAGAGGUUCUUGUUGCUGAGCACACUGUCCCCAGCUUUCCUGGAAAUCUUCCUCCUCUCUCACUUGGUCAACCUCGGAGCCUGGCUCCAACGAGAGGUGCAGUUAUCAAACCAUCUUCUCUCCUUGCCCUUUCAGAGCCAAUGAUCCCCAGACCAUGAUAGACCGGAAUUCCUUUCCCAGACAGAGUGGG